AUGGCGGAGCCUGAGGAGCAGCGGCCGCCCGCCGCGGCGCAGAGCGGCGGCCGGAGCGACGGCGGGGAAGAGGCCCCGGAGAACGGGGCCGCGGCGGGGCCCGUCGAACCGGGCCCACCUCCGGCUGGGUCGCCGGGCACCGAGGAGCCCGCAGGCGACGCGAAAAAGAAAAUUGAUGUGCUGCUGAAGGCUGUGGGUGACACCCCCAUCAUGAGGACCAAGAAGUGGGCGGUGGAGCGGACCCGGACCAUCCAGGGCCUCGUGGACUUCAUCAAGAAGUUCCUCAAGCUGAUGGCUUCCGAACAGCUGUUCAUAUAUGUAAACCAAUCUUUUGCUCCAUCUCCAGACCAAGAAGUGGGGACUCUCUAUGAGUGUUUCGGAAGUGAUGGCAAGCUUGUACUGCAUUAUUGCAAAACUCAGGCAUGGGGAUGAAUAACUGGCAACACAGUUGUUCAGGACUUCUGGAAGAGUAGUACCCAACUUAACUUCCUGACAUUGCUACAGUUUAUGUGAAGCAUGCACGGAUGCCACAGUUACACAGGCAUGUACCCUGAGUGCUUGCUAUGUGAAUAGCUUCAUGUAUCUUGGCACUUUAAGUGGAAAAAUUGGGUUCACUUCAUUCAACUAACAAGGCAGAAUUUUUUGUAAAAUUGAAACUUCAAUUAAUACAUAAUUUUGCCUGCUCAGAACCAUGAUUUCACAAAUCUCCAUCUAUUUAAAAGAGCUAUUGCAGAGGGAAACACUGAUUCUGUGUGGUUAAGGAAAUUGCCUGCUUAGUUGCUGUGAUGCUAGCACAACCUCGACAGCCACUAGAGGGUACACAAGGACAAAGUUAUUUGCAGAGUUUUAUCUACGACUCUUUUUCAAUCUUUUAUGUAGUACAGCCACAUGCUGGCCUUCCAAAUAAAAGUAGUUUGUUCUCCCGUG